AAGACCAGAAGACGAAGUAGGACGCUAACCUCUUCUGACAGGACGUGUAGCAACAACCCAGUUUCAGUUCUUCUUGAUGAAGAUAUUUAUAAGAUGUAGCGAGCAUUCUAUGGUAUAAUUGUACAACGGGAGUGAAGCAUAACAAAGAAAAUGGCUGUUGUUCUAGAAGGAAACGAUUCAGGUACCAAGGACUGCAGCGGGCAUUUAAGCGCUAGUAACACGUGGCCCGCGUUGUCACGGUAUGCCUAUGCGUGGCCAUUCUUAGUGCUUCUUCUUGCUAAGCUAGUCUGUGCGACGCUUGCAUUGCCUUUAUUUUUGGCUGCGGUAGUUUCCUGGGCUCUGGAGCUUAACCCGUUCCGCGACUUUUGGAUUUGUUGUUUCUCAUCAAUAUCUGGAGGACGCGAAGUAGAUAGGAACAGGACAUCGCCAAGCAAGAAGAAGCGUGCUCUGUCUCGUGACACGACUACCAAGUCAGGAGGAGCGAAAGAAAAUUCUUCUUGCAAUGAAAAGUCCUCUGAUCGCGGAGAAAAUCUUACGCAGGAAGACAAGAAAGAAGGUGUCGAGGAGCAACCCUUUGUUGAGCAAACUGGUGCAGCUGCAGAAGAGGUGAAGGACGAAGGAGUCGGCGCAGAGGACGAAGCAAACACAUACGUAAAGUUAAGGGUACAAAAACGAAAAUUCACUACUCUCUUUUUGCGGGUUCUACUCUGUGUCUGGCACUUGAAAAAGAAUUAGCAUAGAUACAUAUCAUAAUAGUACAGGUUUGCCAACGUUUCUCUCAUGGAUGUCUUCAGUGUAUGCCUGGGGCAUGUGCUGUAAUUAGUUACAAACAACGCUCUAACCAAAGUUGACGAGCAGGCGUCAGCAGUGAAAAGGUCAUCUUGUCCUUCUUCAGAUACCACUGCUUCAUCGCCAAAGUCAACCUCUACAGUAGUCGCUGAAUUACGCGCAAGGCGCUCUGGAUGUGGAGUUCCUGAUGUCAAUGGGGAGAACUCGCCCGAUGAGGCUUUUAGCGACGACUCUUUCGAGGUAGUCGGCGAUCCAUUCGGACAUGAAAAUGAUGCGGCGCCGCGAAAAGAUGGCCGUACAGCAACAAGAAAAGGAGACCGACAACAAGAGAGCAACGAUAGAAAUUCCACGCCCUCUGCAACAUUACAAACUUCCGAAAGGCCUCCUUUGCUGCCGGGGUCUAGCAGCCAUGUAUCCAGCAUUUCAGGCGCUGAGUCAGCGUCCUCGGUGGAACUAUCCUCUAACCUGGAUUGCCGCGAAAGGUCACGAUCAACAGAUGUAGUGGAUCCGGCGAAGGAACAGAUUGACGCACUAGAUGGGCAGGACAGUUACUUUGUCGGUGACGACCUGUGCUCAAUACAGGAGAAUCAACAACAAGUAAAAAAUGUUGCUGAAGAGUCAGGAUCAGCGGGCUGUAAAAUAACUACAUCAAGCAGCAGUAGUAGUAGUUCUAGUUGCACUCAACAGGAAGGUCAAAGUGCAAAACCAGAUGCCGAAAUCGAAGAAAGUGACGCGCCGCAAAUUGACGAUGAGGUUUAUCUAUACGAGCAUCUUUGACGCUAUUGAUAAAUUAUUGACAGAUAAACUUUAAGGCAGUAACGAGAAACAAAACGGGUCAAGAGAGUACGUAGGUCAUUGAUAUGAGUAAGUUCACGACCAUAAGGAUUCGUACAAAUACAAUGCCAAUGAUGUAAAUGUAAUUAGCCUCUUGUUCGGAACAACUGCAAAAAAGGUAUCCGACGACGCCGCGGGAGAAAACACUGCUGAUGAUGAUGGUGCUGAAACUCCGACGUCUUCGGAAGGUGGCCAGAUGUAUGACGCGGCAAAGGCAGCGGAAUGCAAAGAGCAAGGAAACAAACAUUUUAAAGCAGGAGAAUUCGACCCGGCUAUUGACUACUAUAGCGAUGCCAUCGCCUUCUGUCCUCCUUCCGAUCGAACGAACAUGGCUAUCUACCACAGCAAUCGCGCAGCUUGCUAUAUGGGAAUAGAGGAGUUGGAGAUGGUAUUAAAAACUAGAACUACUUUUUCAAAUCAUCUUAAACUAAAGAUAAUUUUAUUAGAUUGUCGUGCAAAGUAACUACAACCAAGUGCGAGCAGGAGCAUAAUCAUACUCUUCGUACUUUCUGGCCUUUGAAUUUUGGCGCUUUUACUUCACUUUCAUCAUUUUGUUCUUUUGAUCUUUACCCUUUUGUUUUGAUUAUCGUUCGUUACUCAAAAUCAAGCAAUAUCCCUCUACCAGGCGCUUCAUGAUUGUAGCGAUGCCGUAGAGUAUGACCCGAAGUAUAUUCGAGCGUGGCAACGGCGUUGUUCAAUCCACGAACAGAAGCAAAAAUGUUAGGGCCAAAAGAAAAACUGAGUAGAUUCCUGGAUCAUCGUUAUUCGACUUGCUUACUCAAAUUGUCUUUACGUCUCAUCAUCUUGCUGGUGUUGCAUUAGUAUUUGACUCUUGUUGCUCCUGAAGUUUUUUUAAGCUCUCUUUUGGUACUUCUGGUAGAUUAAGCGGUUUUUAUUUGAAGAAGAAGAAGCGGAAAGAUGAAACGUAAUGAAAAUGCUCUGAUUCUGGAUCCUCAUCUCUAACUGUCGCACGAUGCGCAUGAGGAUAGCAAGAAAGUCCUCGAGCUAGUCGACAAAGCGAAUCACGUCGAAUAUUCGAACGCAGUAAAACGGAACGCUUACCUAAAAACCAAAAUUAUGUUCAGAAUCCUACUUGUUGCUUCUUUAAGUACGUGAUUUAGGAGAGGAUUCUUAUUCUACAUGAAAUCAACUUAGACACAGGACAACUUCAUAAUUUCCUUCACGAUUCUAUCGCUAUCGCAUUCUGCUAAUAUUAAUCGAUAAAACUGCAGCAGCACCAAGACCAGUUCUUGUUAUUCUUAGUCCCAAAGUCGUUCACCCUUUGUUAAAUGAGAAGUAGUCCUAACCCAUCUUCAUUUGUUGCGAGCAGCAUUUCGAAAAAGAAAAGGCUGAAAUGAUGGGAAAGCUGAAGGAUCUGGGCAACACGGUUCUCGGAAAGUUCGGAAUGAGCAUAGACAACUUCCAAGUGCAACAGCAAGAAGGCGGAGGCUACAGUAUCAAUUUCAAAAAAUGAUGAAGUAUAUCCACAACAUGAUCUAGUACGUCCCGAAGAUAUCAUCGACCUCUCUGAUCGGACUAGUACAGCAUCGUUUCUUCCGUAAGACCUCUUUCCUAGGAGGUUAACCCCCGGCAUGAUCGAUGUUACGAAUACAACUAGCUCAUUUUCGGCACUUUCAUCUAUAAGCGGUACAAAUCAACAAUAUGGUACUUGAAGUUGAAGUUGAGUAGAUAAAACAUGUAGAUCUUACGGAUUGAUGAAAAUAUGGACCCACAAUACAACUGUGCCCUCUUAAAAUGAAAGUAAUUUGUGACGGUAGAGAGAGUCUCAAGUCCUUUUAUCCCCUACUGGGUGCACCAUCCCCUCUGCUCGCCCCAGAACGACCAAACAAUUGACGGGCUGCUCGGCCCCACGGAUUAAUCCUUCAAAAACCGUAAUUUCUUCUUCAAAGUUGACACAAAAUGAUAGAUAAUUAUGAACCAAAAAGAAACACAUCCGAGGCACCUCGUCCCUGCAUGCCAUCGUACUUCAUACUGUCAUCUGAUUGAUUUGAUAUUCACAGUCGCAGCUGCUCCACCUUGUAGGAACAUAACUUAGGCGAGCACACCAUUAGACAUUUUUUAUCAUCCUAUGGUAUCUUCUUUGAGGAGUCAACCAUGAACCUAUCCCUUCUUCUAUCGUUCGCUUUGAGGAACCGCUGAAAUGAUGUUCUACUUCUAGUGGUUGCGUAUUUCUGAUCAAGUGAAUGUCAUAUUAUUUACGGUAUGAUGAUGAAGAUCACGUCGUCGUGGCUGCACUGUCCUCUCG